UUUUAAUAAAAAACUAUUUUUUCACAAAUUUGGGGGUUUAUAUUUAUGUAAUUUUUUUUAAAAAAAUUGAGGGUUAUAGGUCAAUAAUGCCUAUGCUCAGGACCGGAUCAGUCUAGCUCUUUUAUUUAUAUGUUGUUUCUGAGCAUGUUUCUUCUGCGAUUAAUGCAGGGUAAUGCGGUUUUGAAUUCGGGAAUGCUUUUGAUUGCAGUGAUGAGUCUACUCUUCCCUACACUUCUUCAUUACACGCAUAGUGAGGUUUAUGCUGCUUCAUCAGAGCUGGUUCUUUCAAGAUCAACCAGUUGCAUAAUGCUCGUUGCCUAUGCUGCUUAUCUCUUUUUCCAGUUGAAAAGCCAGCCAAGUUUUCUUACCGAGGUUCUUUGUCUUCCCACCGUUUUUUUCUUACAAGUUAUAAACACUUUCACCAUUUGGUUAAAUCUCUUUCCUCUAAUUGGACUCAAUCUCUGCUGUUUGGUAAACUUUGAUCACUGAACCAGAGCGAAGAAACUUCGGAUGAUGAUGAAGUUCCUGAGAUAUCCAAGUGGGAAGCUAUCAUCUGGCUUCUAAUCUUUACGGCUUGGGUCUCUCUUCUUUCCGGUUAUCUUGUCGAUGCCAUAGAAGGUGCUUCAGUCUCAUGGAACGUACCAAUAUCGUUUAUAAGUGUCAUCUUGCUUCCUAUAGUUGGUAAUGCGGCCGAGCAUGCAGGUGCUAUUAUGUUUGCCAUGAAAGACAAGCUGGAUCUGUCCUUGGGAGUGGCUAUUGGAUCUUCAAUUCAGAUUUCUAUGUUUGCGGUUCCUUUCUGUGUGGUCAUUAGUUGGAUGAUGGGUGAACAAAUGGAUCUGAAUUUCCAGUUAUUUGAGACAGCUACACUGUUCAUAUCCGUUAUAGUUGUAGCUUUCUUUCUCCAAGAAGGGACAUCUAAUUACUUCAAAGGAUUGAUGCUGAUUCUCAGUUAUCUGAUAGUCGCGGCUAGUUUCUUUGCACACCAAGAUCCUGAACAAGGUUAAUGUUGAUUUUGACAUUUUGUUAUUUCUUCCAUCUUGUAUAUGAUAAUACAUAUAUUAGCAACAAAACCAUGUUUCAUACGUCUGUGAAUGGUUUAUGUGUGUUGUUGUUUCUUGAUAGAUGAUACAUAGCCAUUGCGAAGAACACAAAUCUGGUGUGUGAACUGUGAAGCAGUUUGUAUCCUAAAACUUGAAAGCCGAAUAAUAUCACCAACACAAGAUCGUACAUGCAUGAAACCAUUAAAGAUUCUGGAGUGUGUAUCAGGGAAACUGAAAGUUGUCCCAUUUUACGCUUUUUGCCCCUCUAAAUACUACUUUCCUUGGGGUUUAGGGUUUGUAAACAGCGAUCAUCAUCAUUAACCUCGUUCUUGUUUUUUUAACUAAGAUUUAUUGGCCGAGGCUAUUACAUAUGUAGUAAGUAAAUAACAUAGAGACGUCAAAACAUAACAUACCACAAACUAGUUUUGGUUGUGUGUAAAACUGUUCUUUAAAAAAAGGGAGGGAAAGAAAAAGAAAUUCACGUGGUU